AUGGCGCCCUCCGCCGAGAUGGACCACCGCAUGGUGUCCAUCCACCCCAGGAUACGAUACAACACUAUCGGCGGCGUCAACGGACCACUGGUCAUUCUAGAGAAUGUCAAGUUCCCUCGGUAUAACGAAAUCGUAUCAUUGACGCUACCUGAUGGCUCCGAACGGGCUGGCCAAGUCUUGGAAGCAAGAGCGGGGCUGACGAAGCGGCAGGUGUUCGAAGGUACAACGGGUAUCGACGUCAAGAAGACUACAGUCGAGUUUACCGGCCACAAUCUCAAGCUCGGUGUCUCCGAGGACAUGCUGGGGCGUAUCUUCGAUGGAUCAGGCCGUGCGAUAGACAAGGGGCCGAAGGUGCUUGCGGAGGACUAUCUUGAUAUCAACGGUAGUCCCAUCAAUCCCUAUUCAAGGGUGUAUCCCGAAGAAAUGAUCUCGACUGGUAUUUCCGCCAUCGACACCAUGAACUCGAUCGCGCGUGGGCAGAAGAUCCCCAUCUUCUCCGCAGCAGGUCUCCCACACAACGAAAUUGCCGCGCAGAUUUGUCGUCAAGCCGGUCUGGUUGGUAAGCCUACAAAGGGCGUACACGACGGGCACGAGGAGAACUUCUCCAUCGUCUUCGGCGCUAUGGGUGUCAACUUGGAGACUAGCAGAUUCUUUACCCGCGACUUCGAAGAGAAUGGCAGUAUGGAGCGUGUGACCCUGUUUUUGAACUUGGCGAACGACCCGACCAUCGAGCGUAUCAUCACACCGCGUCUUGCACUCACGACCGCCGAGUACUACGCAUACCAGCUCGAGAAGCAUGUCCUAGUCAUCCUCACAGAUCUUUCCUCUUACUGCGACGCCCUCCGAGAAGUCUCUGCCGCCAGAGAAGAAGUGCCCGGUCGCCGCGGCUAUCCCGGUUACAUGUACACUGACUUGUCGACGAUCUACGAGCGUGCCGGUCGAGUCGAAGGCCGCAACGGCUCCAUCACCCAGAUCCCUAUCCUGUCCAUGCCGAACGACGACAUCACCCACCCGAUCCCCGACCUGACAGGCUACAUCACCGAAGGGCAAAUCUUCAUCGACCGCCAACUGCACAACAAGGGCAUCUACCCACCCAUCAACGUGCUCCCGUCCCUCUCCCGACUGAUGAAGUCCGCCAUCGGCGAAGGCCGCACGCGCCGCGACCACGGCGACGUGUCCAACCAGUUGUACGCCAAAUACGCCAUCGGGCGAGACGCGGCGUCCAUGAAGGCCGUCGUGGGCGAGGAAGCCCUGUCCUCCGAAGACAAGCUCUCGCUCGAGUUCCUGGACAAGUUCGAGAAGACCUUCAUCUCCCAGGGCGCGUACGAGAGCCGCACGAUCGUCGAGAGUUUGGAUCUGGCGUGGAGCCUGCUGAGGAUUUACCCGAAGGAGCUGCUGAAUCGGAUUCCGGCUAAGGUACUGGAUCAGUUCUACCAGAGGCGGAAGGAGGAGAGGAAGAGGGGCGGGAAGGAUACGAGGGACAACGAGGAUGGGGAGGAUGGGGAGGAUGAGGAGGAUAAGAAGGAUGGCGAGGGGGAGAAUUUGGUGGACGUGUAG